GCGGCCCCUUUCUGGGUGCCCUUUCUGGGUGCCUUUUGAGCCCUUUCGGGUGUUCCCUUUUGGGUCCCUUUUUGGGUCCCUUUUGGGCUCCCUUCGGGCUCUUUUACCCGAGUGCUUUACGUGGCAUCGGGAUGCCAUGAAGCCUUCUCCAUCUACCCUUGCACUUUCUGUUGCAAUGGGAAAGAUUCAUUAUGCCUCUAGCUGGAGAGGGGUUCCCUUGUGCUCGCUGAGUGUAAGGGAGGAAAAGAAAAAGAAAAAAAGAAAAAAGACUAUCUCUGAGAAGUGGCUUCGAAUACCUCUGUUAAACAGAGGCCAAAAAGUGCUCUUCUCUCUUAGUUUGCCCAGACACUCUUUUCGCUGCGUUUUGGGGAAGAUUUAUUUGCCCUCUUUGACACAGAAGAGGAGAUUACCUGCACUCUUAUGAGUGUGGGAGAAGCAGAGGAAAAGAGAAGCAGCUUUAAAUACCUCUGUUAGAGCGGAGGCUUUAUCUUUAAUUUUAGUUUUAGUUUUAUGUUGUAGAGGACCACUUGCUUUUAAUUUCUGCUUUUGUCACAAAAUAAUAAAAAUCACCGACUUUGGACUAGGAGAGCCAACUUUUGCCAGUUCCUUAUUUUUCUCUGGGAUCGUCUUGCCCGUUGUCAAGCGGGGAGGGUUUCCCCCCUUACGGGGGUUAGUGACUCCUCUUUAACCGCCCGUGGCCAGUUGCGGCCCGGCGGGGAUCGACUUGGACACGCAGACCUCCUGUUAUCUCCUAGUGGGAGUGCAUUUCCCUAUCCGCGCGGCCUGGUCAGAGCGUCUGAGCAUCCCCCUCUCUCAGUUGGGCGACCAAGGAGGGCAAGGCGGGCGUCCUUGAGAAGGAAGGGACCUCCGAUGACCCUGGGAGGACGGCUGAGACCCCGUCUGACCAAACCAUGAAGCAGAGCCAAAGAAAGGGUUCCUAUGAAGAAUGAGAGCUGAUGUUAAUAUGGAGGCCACCAGGUCCAAACAGUCUGUCCAGCUGGGACACCAGACUACUGACAGACGCUGCACACCAUGCCCAGACAGUGGGGAAACGGGAGACUUAUUCAAGGAUCAGAAGGUCACAGCUGUGGUCCAGCGAUGCAACCAAGAUGAAGGCAAAAGCCCGCAAACAAGUACACCUGCUGAGGGCAAAGUUCGCCGCAGUUUUGUCAGCUUACCUGCUCUUAACCCAGAGAGAGUGAGGACAGCCAAAGCUCUUGCGGACAAAGCUGUCAAGAUGCAUAAGGUAUUCUAUAUCCAGGGCCCUUACCCUGUCAUCAGGGCAGCAUUGAGGUCUAGAGGCUGGGUGGAGCAGCGUGUGCACCCCCCAAACCACCAUGCUCACCAGCGCCACAGCGAUGAGGGCAGAGCCAGCUCUAAUGAUGCUGGUGACAGCGAUGACGAUGACGGUGAUCUAGAUGAAAGUGUGACUGUUUCACAAAUGCUAUUCCUAAUAUUACUGGGUGUGGAUUUCUAUCUAUAUCCCAUCAUUAAUUUACAUUGCUCCUUUUUCUCAGACAACUCAGCCAGUGUCGAGAAAGAGCAGGAUCCAGAUGGACUAUAUGAUCUCAUGUCUCGCCUGGUGCGGAAUGAAAUGGUUUAUUUCUAUUGGACAAACCGUAGAGACGCCAUCAACAAUAACAGCUUGCAAAAAGAACAGAUCACCAAUCAUUUUGCAAAAGCAGGCAGCUUCACCACCAAGGUGGGGUUGUGUGUGAACCUGAGGAACCUGCAUUGGUUUGACUCAGCUGACCCAGACACCUUCUUCCCUCGCUGUUACAGACUAGGAGCAGAGGAUGAGAAGCACGCUUUCAUUGAGGACUACAAGAGGACAGCCUGCACCAGUUUUUUGAAGUACAUUGUGGAGAGGGAGCAGGGUGUUCAGGGAGAGGGAAGGAGCCACAACAUUCGGGCUGAGAGGAAACUAACAAAGCGGCAAUCUAGACCAGUGGUCCUUUCCAAAAUGAUUAACAGCGCACUCAAAGUGUGCCACCAGUUUCUCGAGAGUCUGCAGCAUAACGACAUAGACAUAAACUUGGAGACACCACAAACACUUACAAAGGAGGAGUGGGCAGAGUUUAUCAACAGUUACUACCUUGUUGUUCAUGGAGGAGCAGAGAUCGAGAACAGUGAUCAUUUUGUGACCUGCUGCAAAGCCAUGCUACAGAGGCUGUUGGAGGUCAGUCCACAGCUGCACAUAGACGGCAUACACAACAUCUGGAUCAUCAAACCUGGAGCUAAGUCCAGGGGCAGAGGUAUCAAAUGCACCAGGCGUCUGGAUCAGAUCCUCAGGCUGGUGGACAGUGAUCCAACCAUAAUCAAAGAAAGCAAGUGGGUGGUGCAGAAGUACCUGGAGCGCCCCUUGCUGAUCUAUGGCACCAAAUUUGACGUGCGCCAGUGGUUCCUGGUCACCGACUGGAACCCCCUGACUGUGUGGUUCUAUAAAAAGUGCUAUUUGCGCUUCUCUACGCAGCCUUACUCGCUAGAUACGCUGGAUAGCUCUGUCCACCUGUGCAAUAACUCCAUCCAGAAGCACCUGAGACCCUCCCAACAGCGUCAUCGUGGUAUCCCAGCAGACAAUAUGUGGUCGGAUGACCAAUUCAGGACCUUUCUGUCCAGCCAGGGCCAGGAAGCUCAGUGGCAGACAGUGGUAGUCCCCGGGAUGAAGAGGGCUGUGAUCCACGCAUUACAGACAACACAGGAUCUGAUGGAGUCACGCAAAAACACAUUUGAGCUCUACGGUGCUGACUUUAUGUUCGGUCAUGACCUGCGUCCAUGGCUGUUAGAACUCAAUGCCAGUCCCACUAUGGCUCCUUCCACGCCUGUGACAGCCCGCCUCUGUACUGCUGUGCAGGAAGACACAUUACGAGUCGUCCUGGACUGGCGAGCGGACCGCACUGCAAACACUGGAGACUUUCAGCUCAUAUAUAGACAGGCAGCAGUUGACGUGCCACAGUAUGUAGGAGUCAACCUACUUGUUGAGGGCUUCAAGGUCAAGUGCCCCUGCCCACUUCCUCCACUGAGGUCCUCCAACCGUUCAGCACCGAAACGCCGCCGUCCUGUCAAAGAGAAGGAACCUGCAGGAGAAAAAGUAAAGCCUCUGCCUAAGAUGUUGUUGAAAAGUGCAGAGGCUCCGCUCAAAAACAUCAGCAGUGGGGUUCUGCCACCUCCUCCUCUUCCUUCUGAGCCGCCUGGGCCCUUCCCUAUUGAAACCUUCACAAUUCAACUGCCAAUGACUGUGAAGUCCAUCCACCUGCCUAUUAGUGACCAGUCUCACUCUGUACUUUUGUGGAAGAGGAGACCAGAAGUAUCAAAAGUCUGCUCAGAGAAAGACCAACCCUGUACCACAGAGAAGCACCAAGGCCCUUCUUUGUCUUUGGAGAUUAAUGUUUCAAAACAGUCCAGGCAAGCAACCACCAGCACCUUGAGUGCCUAAAAGACUUUCAAAAGAAGGUUUGUUAAACCAUCCACAUACCACAUCCAUCAUCCUUCAGUUUGAACUUUCUUUUUGCGUUUUUUUAUAAUCAUAAUAAUAAUAAUCAUAAUAAAGUCAGACUUUAAUAGA